ACAAACACUCUCUAUCUAUCUCCCCAUCUCUACUUCACAGCAGAAAGUGAGGAAAAAAAAACAGAUAAAAAGGUUGUCUAUAAAUACUAGUCGCUGCGUCAACCUACAAUCAGAUUAAUAGAUUGUAUCGAAACCCCAUUCUCUCUUUCAAAGCGGGAAAUCUACAUCUUCUUCUCUAGAGAUUUGUAGGGAAUAUGCAGACUUUGCAAUCAGCAGCUCUUCGUGUGUCACCAUUAGAAUCACUUCGAAAACAAUCCCCGCUUCUCAACAAUAACAACAAUGUGAGUAACAAGGGUAGAUCGAAACUGAAGAGAAGUCCAUCUCUGGUGAUAUCUGCUUCUUCCAAAACGAGUGUGAAUGCACCGAAAAGAGAAAAAGAUCCCAAAAAGAGAGUUGUUAUUACAGGAAUGGGUUUAGUUUCUGUAUUUGGUAAUGAUGUCGAUACUUACUAUGAACGUCUUCUUUCUGGUGAGAGUGGAAUUUCACUUAUUGAUCGUUUUGAUGCUUCCAAAUUUCCAACUCGUUUUGGUGGUCAGAUCCGUGGAUUUGAUUCUCAAGGUUAUAUUGAUGGCAAGAAUGAUCGUCGUCUUGAUGAUUGUCUUCGUUAUUGUCUCGUUGCUGGUAAAAAAGCACUUGAAGAUGCUGGUCUUGGGGGUGAAAAUCUCUCUAAGCUAGACAAAGAGCGAGGAGGUGUGCUUGUCGGGACAGGCAUGGGUGGUCUCACAGUGUUUUCAGAUGGUGUUCAGGCUCUAAUAGAAAGAGGCCACAGGAAAAUAACGCCCUUUUUCAUUCCAUAUGCCAUAACUAAUAUGGGUUCUGCGUUGCUUGGGAUUGAACUCGGCUUAAUGGGUCCAAACUAUUCCAUUUCCACUGCAUGUGCUACUUCCAAUUAUUGCUUCUAUGCUGCUGCUAACCACAUCCGACGAGGUGAGGCUGAUUUAAUGAUUGCCGGUGGAACUGAAGCCGCAAUCAUUCCCAUCGGAUUAGGAGGUUUUGUUGCAUGUAGAGCCCUAUCACAGAGAAAUGAUGAUCCACAAACAGCUUCAAGGCCAUGGGACAAAGAACGAGAUGGUUUUGUUAUGGGUGAAGGCGCUGGAGUGUUGGUAAUGGAGAGCUUGGAGCAUGCAAUGAAGCGCGGUGCACCAAUUCUUGCUGAGUACUUGGGAGGUGCAGUAAACUGUGAUGCUCAUCAUAUGACUGAUCCUAGGGCCGAUGGACUUGGUGUUUCAACAUGUAUUGAAAAAAGUCUUGAAGAUGCUGGUGUGUCGCCAGAGGAGGUUAACUAUAUAAAUGCACAUGCUACGUCCACACUUGCUGGAGACCUGGCUGAGGUGAAUGCCAUAAAGAAGGUAUUCAAGAACACAUCCAGUAUCAAGAUUAAUGCAACUAAGUCUAUGAUUGGGCAUUGCCUUGGUGCAGCAGGGGGGUUAGAAGCCAUCGCCACAGUGAAAGCCAUCAAUACUGGAUGGUUGCAUCCUUCUAUCAACCAAUUUAACCCAGAGCCUGCAGUUGAUUUCGACACUGUUGCUAAUGUAAAGAAGCAGCAUGAAGUGAAUGUUGCCAUUUCCAAUUCUUUUGGUUUCGGAGGACACAACUCUGUCGUGGUCUUUUCAGAAUUCAAGCCUUGAGAUUAAUUGGAUUCAUCCUUUGUUUCUCGGAAGAACGGUUUUGCUCCCUCCAAUUUAAGCUGUUUUCUUUUUGAUUUCUUCUUAGUCUUAGUCCCUGCACAUGUAUUUCGUUCAACGCUUGUUUCACUUUCUUUCGGUUUCUCUCAUAGUAAUUAAUCAUGGAAUUUGAAGAAUUUAUUUGUUAUAUUCUCUCGAGGAGAAGUCAUGAAUAUUGGAGGAACUAGUAGUGUAAGGAUUGUGGUAAUUUAACUGAUUAUAGGUGAGCACAUGCCAAUGGCUUAGUUUAAUAUUUCUGUUCCAAGAC